AUCUGGCAACCCGGCGAGGAUCUUGACAUCGGGGGUGGACCAGAAUGAUCUAACCUCCCUCCAGAGCUCCCAAUGGGCUGAAUUUGCACCUCGAGAACGCGACCCCGUGAAUUUGAAGUCUCUGGAAGUCGUGUCAGGCUAUGGCUUUGCGUUAAUCUCCAAAUCGUCGCGUUUUACAGACUCUUGCAAACAUGUUGAUCUGGUUUACGCUUCUGGCGGGUCUGGCGCUUUUGCCUGCGCUGCUGAGAACUUUCAAGCCGUAUUUUUUCCAGGACUGCGUUUACAUGUUUCACGCGCUUGGAUUUGGGAUCCGAUUGAUUAAAUACAAACGCAGAUCUCCCUUCUACAGCAUAGUGGACUGUUUUCUGGAUGCGGCGAAGAAACACCCGCACAAGACCUUCGUGCAUUUCGAGGGCAAGACGUACACUUAUUCGGACGUGGAGAGAGAAAGUAAUAAAGUCGCGAACGCGCUGCGCUCCGUCGCCGCGCUCAAGGAGGGAGAUACGGUGGCCCUUUUCCUCGGGAACGAGCCGUGCUUUAUAUGGACCUGGCUCGGCCUGGCUAAGCUGGGCUGUCCCGCAGCACUCCUGAACUUUAAUAUCAGAUCCAGAUCACUCCUGCACUGCUUCUCCUGCUGCGGAGCGAACGUGCUCAUAGCCGCUGCUGACCUCCGUGAUGCUGUGGAGGAGAUCUUGCCUGCACUGAAAGAGAAGGGGAUCACAGUCUACCUCCUGUCAGAUGAACACAGUACAGACGGCAUCCAGAGCAUCAAUCAGAAGAUCGCUGAAGCGUCUGAUAAACCGCUGUCUCCAUCUCUCAGGUCCAAUGUUAACAUCAAGACUACAGCACUGUAUAUCUACACCUCCGGCACCACAGGUCUUCCUAAAGCUGCAUACGUGACCCAUGAGAGGGUUUGGGCUGCUUCAUUUAUCCAGGGUGUGUCGGGGUUGACAUCUGAAGACGUAUUCUACAUCAAUCUGCCUCUGUAUCACAGCGCUGGGUUUCUCAUCGGACUCGUCGGAUCCAUUGAAAGAGGUAACACAGUUGUUCUGCGGAGAAAGUUUUCAGCCUCUCAGUUCUGGGAUGACUGCAGGAAAUAUAACAUAACUGGCAUGCAGUACAUUGGAGAAACGCUGCGUUACCUCUGCAAUACACCGACGAAAGAAAAUGACCGAGACCACAAAGUGAGGAUCGCCAUUGGUAACGGUGUGCGAGCAGACGUCUGGAAAGAGUUCCUCGACCGCUUCGGACACAUUCACGUGCGGGAGCUGUACGCCGCCACUGAGGGAAACGUCGGCUUUGUCAAUUACACCGAUAAAGUCGGAGCUAUCGGUCGGAUCAAUAUUCUAAGCAAGAUAUUUUUCCCAUUUGCACUGAUCAAGUUCGACAUUGAGAAAGAAGAGCCAGUAAGAAACUCUCAGGGGCUGUGUAUCCCAGCUCAAAGAGGUGAAGUGGGACUUUUGGUCGGGCAAAUUACUAAACGCACCCCUUUUGUCGGGUAUGCUGGGAAUAAGCAGCAAACAGAGAAGAAGAGACUCGGUGAUGUGUUUGAGAAAGGAGAUCUGUAUUUCAACAGCGGCGACCUGCUGAGGAUUGAUCACGACAACUUUAUCUAUUUUCAAGAUCGAGUUGGAGACACUUUUAGGUGGAAAGGAGAAAAUGUGGCUACAACUGAGGUCAGUGAUAUUCUCACUACGGUGGACUGCAUUGAGGAGGCCAACGUAUAUGGAGUCAAAGUUGAAGGACAUGAAGGAAGAAUUGGAAUGGCAGCCGUUACACUGAGAGAAGGCAGAGAGUUUGACUGCGUCGCCGCCUUCAGCGUUCUGGCUAACUAUCUCCCGGUGUACGCCAGACCCCGUUUCAUCCGAAUUCAGAAUUCCUUGGAAAUGACAGGAACCUUCAAGAUGAAGAAAGUGAAACUGGUGGAGGAAGGCUUCGAUCCAACCCUGAUACAAGAUCGGCUUUAUUUCCUGGAUUUGACUCGGAAGAAAUACAUUCCACUGACUCGGGAGAUUUUUAAUUCCAUCAUGUCGCAAGACAUUAAAUUGUGAAACCCCUUGUGGUAAACUAAGCUAAACUAUUCUGAGAUUUACUAACCAGUAGAGACCACUAAUCUCAGGGAACACAUGAUUUCAGUGAAGUAUAAUUUCAACAUUUAUCUACCUUUACAGACCAGUACAGUCAAAUGUUUUACAGCUUUAAUAGGAAUAUAGAGAAUGUGUAACCGUGCCUUAACCUUGUGCCUUGGUAAUGUACUUUCCGAUUUGUCUUAACUUUUAAUAAAGUCAGUGAGAAUCUA